CGGAUGCGGACACAGGCGGGGACACGUGCGGAGUGAUGGCGCGGGAGGGCGUGGGGCUCUUCGCCGCGUUCCGGGUCCUCGGCCGCUUCAGCGGGCCGGUCCCGCAUGUCCUGCGCUAUCACGGCCGCCACCGGGAAUUCUACCUCGCCGCCGCCGUCGGCCGCAGCGUCCAUACCUACAAUGUGAAGAAGCUUGGUAUUGUUGCUGUGAGUAAUACUUUGCCAGAAGACAUCACAUGUUUGGCAGCAGAUCGCAUGUUGAUAUUUGCUUCAUACGACAAUAUUCUCCAUGCUUUUGCCAGGAACAAAGAGGUGGUUCAUACCUAUGAAGGCCACAACGCAAGGAUACACCUUCUGCAGCCUUUUGGUGAUCAUAUCAUCUCUGUGGAUGUUGAUAAUGUUCUUAUCGUUUGGAAUAUACAGUCAGAAGAAGUAUAUCUUCAAAUGGAUUUUGAUAAAGCCACUUUUGCAGUUUCUGCACUUCUGCAUCCCAGCACCUAUCUGAAUAAAAUUCUCAUUGGGAGUGAGCAAGGAACCUUGCAGCUGUGGAAUAUAAGAUCAAACAAACUCUUGUACUCGUUUCCAGGAUGGGGCUUAGCAGUCACAACUCUUGAACAAGCUCCAGCAGUGGAUGUUGUUGCUGUUGGCCUUGUGUCUGGUCAUAUUAUUGUACAUAAUAUUAAGUAUGAUGAGACUCUGAUGAAAUUCCAGCAGGACUGGGGUCCCAUCACAGCAAUAUCUUUUCGUACAGAUGGACACCCAGUAAUGGCAGCUGGUAGCCCAGUUGGACACAUUGCUUUGUGGGAUCUAGAAGAGAAGAAACUGAUGUGUCAGAUGCAAGAUGCCCAUUCCACAGCAAUAGCUGGCAUGACAUUUGUCCCUGGAGAGCCACUUCUUAUUACUAAUGGUGCUGAUAAUGCUCUGCGGGUUUGGAUUUUUGAUGGACCUGGUGGUACAGGUCGCAUAUUGAGAAGCCGAAUGGGCCAUAGUGCACCGCCAACAAAAAUCAGAUAUCAUGGGCAAAAUGGAAAGCAAAUUCUUAGUGCAGGUCAAGACGGAACAUUGCAAUCUUUUUCAACAGUGCAUGAAAAAUUCAAUAAAAGCUUAGGACAUGGUUCAAUCAAUAAAAAGAAAUCAAAAAAGAAAGGCCUUAAGCUGGAUACGAUGGCACUUCCACCUAUUACAUCCUUUGCUUCAGAAGUGGCACAUCAGAAUGACUGGGAUGGUAUUGUUGCCUGCCAUCAAGGGUAUAUAACCUGUACAACCUGGAACUAUCAGAAAACCUCCAUGGGAGCUCACAAACUCAGGCCAGAAGAAUUUAGCAAACACAAACCUGUUGACAUAUAUGCAACAGCAGUUGACAUUACCUCAUGUGGUAACUUCGCUGUAAUUGGGAUGUCAACUGGACAGGUAGAUGUGUAUAACAUGCAGUCUGGCAUUCACAGAGGGCGUUAUGGCAAAGAAACAGCACAUGAAGGGGCUGUUAGAGGAGUAGCAGUGGAUGGAUUGAACCAGCUGGUAAUCACAGCUGGAAGUGAAGGAUUAAUUAAAUUUUGGAAAUUUAAAGUGAAAGAUCUGGUUUAUUCCACUGAACUUUCUUCUUCUCCAAGUGGAAUUCUGCUUCACAGAGACAGUGGUAUUCUAGGAAUUGCCUUUGAUGACUUCACUAUUAGUGUUUUGGAUGUAGAAACCAGGAAGAUUGUCAGGACAUUCUCAGGACACCAUGGACAGAUUAAUGACAUGACUUUCAGUCCUGAUGGUCGUUGGCUGAUAACUUCAUCAAUGGACUGUUCCAUUAAGACUUGGGACCUUCCCUCUGGAUGUCUCAUAGAUUGUUUUUUGGUAGACUCUGCAGCUGUGAGCCUUACUAUGUCCCCUACAGGAGAUUUUCUGGCUUCAGCACAUGUGGAUGAUCUUGGAAUUUAUUUGUGGUCAAACCGUUCUUUAUAUUCACUUGUGUCAUUACGGCCACUUCCUGCAGAUUAUGAACCAUCUUUGGUGACACUCCCCAGCACCUGCCAGAUGCAAGACAUGGAUGUGUCAGGAGAUGAAGAGCCAUGUGAUGAAAUGAUAGAAUAUGUCUCACCUGAGCAACUGGGACAGCAGCUGGUGACCCUUUCCUUGUUACCGGAAUCAAGGUGGAAAAAUCUCAUCAACCUUGAUAUUAUCAAGAAAAAAAAUAAACCAAGAGAUCCACCAAAAGUUCCAAAGUCAGCACCUUUCUUCAUCCCAACACUUCCUGGUCUUACACCCCGAUACAUUCCACCAGAGGAGGAAAAUGAUAGACAGUCGAAGGUAGUAAACUUUGGGGUGCUGGCGCAGAAAUCUGAUUUCUACAUUCAUCUUGAAGAAGCCCUGAGCACCAAUGAAUAUAAAGCUCCACUUGACUUACUGAAAAGUUUGGGGCCAUCUAAUAUUGAGUUAGAACUACGGGGUUUGGCCCCUGAAGGUGGUGGCUCAAUGGAGGUCAUGCUGAGCUUUCUGAGGAUGAUUGGGGUGAUGCUGAGCACGAAGUACAACUUUGAACUCACUCAGGCAUACCUGGCACUAUUUCUAAAGUUACAUCUUAAGAUUCUCUCAUUGGAGCCAAAACUCUUGGAAGAAUUAUCCAAAUUGUCAAUGCAACUUGAGGAAACUUGGAUUCAUUUGCGGGCUCUCUUCAAUCAGAGUCUGUGUGUUUUAACAUACAUGAAAAGUGCUUUGCUGUAAAAUACUUCAGGGUUUUGUCUGCUGAUUUCCCUCAGAGUAAUAAUACAAUUUAUUACCAAAAAUACUGGUUUCCAAAACUCCUACCGGGUCUUGGAAUUGUAGAAUCAUUAAGGUUGGAAAAGACUUCAUAGACCAUCAAAUCCAACCUUCUGUUGGAUACUACCCUGUCCACUAAGCCAUAUCACUUAAGUGCCAGACUAUUAAUUUUUUUGAAUGAAACGAAAUCCCUGAUUUUCCAGGGAUGGUGAUUCCACCAUCCUGUUCCAGUUCUUCUGGUGCUGUAUUUUAUACAUCUACAUAUGGCAGAGUUUCUGGAACAUGCAUAACUGCCUAUUUUUGUUCACUUAGUUGGACAACAAAUUACUACAUAGAGCUAAAAUGUUUGUUGUGUUGUCUGUGCUGUCAAUGCACAGACAUUUGGAUUCAAGGCCCUGAGCAACCUGUCUUUGUAGAAGGUGCCCCAGACCAUGGCAGGGGGUUGAAAGUAGAUGAUCUUUAAAGUUCCUUCCAACCCAAGCCAUUCAAUGAUUCUCUGAUUCUAUGGCUGCAUAAAAUGUAGUUCACAAUGGAGAAAUUACAUGUGGAAAAAAAAGAAGUGGGAAUGUAACUUCCAUGCAGGAGACCAAAACCUAUAUUUUUCUUAAUAAAGUCAUUGUUGAUGGAAAAAUAAAACAAAAAGUCUGAAUUGUUAAUACUUUAUUAACAUUAUUUUAAAGCUAAUUAAUCUAAAAAAAUCGUCUUCCUCUGCAAUUAAACCGCUCUUCUUACGAUGUUUGUAAAAUCAGUUGUCUUCUCACUUUUGCAGGCAUCUGUUUCUCAAUGCAAAGAUUUCUAGCUGUAUUAAAAUGAUUGAAUUUCAAAAAACCCUAACAACCCAAGCACCAAACUAAACAAACAAAAACAGACUUCAUGGAACCCCAGUUUCAUAUGAAAAUUGUGUCUUUUCUUAAGGAGGGAAGAUUACUGGCAAAAAAAGCUUUGUUUUGAGGAUUUUUUAAAUUAAAUCACAUGGGGUUUUUUACAAUUUGAUAUUUAGGUUUGAGACCAUAAGGUUUGAGCGUUGUUUGUGACCUCAUGAAAUUAUCUUGACCUUAGUCAUUUGAGAGUACCUCCUCCCAGCAGAAGAAUCUCCUGAACAAGGCCUUUGCUCUAUUUCACAUGCUCAAGCUAUGUACACAGAACAACAAAGUAACUAAUACAAAUAUAUGCAAUGUCAAUGAGUAAAUUUGAAAGGUGAUUCAUUGCAUUUGACAGAAGACUGAAGCAAUAGUGUGGGUCAGCUUUUUUUUUUUUUAACGCCAUCACGCUGUAGAGCCCCCUUUAGUCAUGUGACCAGAACAAAUUAUCUGCAAACAGACUCACACAACAAUAGAAGGGCUUGGGUUGAAAGGGAUGUUAAAGAUCAUACACUUCCAGCUCCCUACCAUGGGCGAGAACACCUUUCACUAGACCAGGUUGCUCAGGGCCCCUUCCAACCUGACUGGAUACUUCCAAGGAUUGGGGCAUCCACAGCUUCUCUUGGUAACCUGUCAUGGUGUCUCACCAUUGUCAUAGGGGAGGAUUUCCUGUUAAUAUCCAAUCUGAACAUACUGUCCUUGAGUCUAAAGCCAUCAUGUACACACAAGGUUUCUUACAAAGUUUGCUGCUUAGAUUAAAGAAAAUCCUUUGUAGCACAGAAGUAUUAUUUUCUGGUGAUAUUAUUCUUGACAACCCAUUGCUCCCAAUUUAUUGUAUUGAUCUGAAGUUGUCCAAAAUCCCUUAAUGUAAUAUUUAAUGAACCUCUCAGCUUGCAGGUGUUGCUGUAAGGCAUUACUCCUUUAGAAGAUCUUACAGAAUAGUUUUCUGAAUAAAGACAAAAUGUUCAAAGAUUAAGGCAGUAUUUGCAGACCUGCCUUAGUAGAAGGAGGAAGAGUGGAUAAAGAGCUUUCAUCUUCAAUCAGAGGAAGGGUCUGACAAGCCCCCUAUUCUGUCUCCAUCUGGAGGAAGGAAAAUGUAUAGCAGCCUGGUCAUGUAUAAAGUGAUCUUUUCUCAAGCAUAUCACAGCACCUUUCAUCAGACAGCGAUUAGAUACUCUCUGACCCAGCUGUAGCCUGGCAGUUGUGUUUAAUGUUCUGUGACAGAUCUUUUAUUCUCUGUGAGAACUAAUCUCCUUUAGAACCCAUUUAUCCUUCACAAUAUCCUGUAGUAAUGGGGCCUACAAUUUAAUUAAUGGGAAUAAUAUAUUCCUGUUUAUAUACUCUACACCUGCUAUCUUCUAAUGUAUGUCCCUCUUUGAAUGUGAGAAAUGCCAGUUGUGCUCUAGUCUUCAGGUUUCACAGACUGCCUCAGAGCACGGUGAAAGGGUUUCUACUCAUUAAGGACGUACUUUGUUUUGCUAAGUGCACGUCUGCUUUUUCACUGACAUUGAAUUACCCUUUUCUGGGCAGAGAUGUUUAAAUCUGUAUGUACAAGAUUUGUCUACAAAGCCUUUAGGGAUUGUAGAGUAGGGUGUUUUUUCCUCUUCUGUUUUCAUGGUUCAUGGUUUCAUUCUGCUUGAUGUAAUCAUAAGGAAAAACUCUGCUAAACAGGCUAUAUUCUUAAAAUAGAAUCAUCAUGGGAAUUUUUGUGAAUAAUGUAUGUAUAGCACAGUUGACAUGAUGUUUACAGUCUGUAUGACCUCAUUAAAUGUGUUUAAUGCAGUUUCUUGUAUCAUACACCUGAGUUUAAAGUCCACCUGGAGCACUUCAGUAACUUCCUUCAGAAUAUAGUAUGUAGAUCUGAGUGGUAUCUCACCUUUAUUCUUACGUUUUUUUCUCAACGUUCCUACUCAUCACUGCCAUUUCAGGGGUGUUUUACUAUUAUUAGCGCUGUAGAGUCUUCCACUAGUGGUUCUGGUUGCUUCAUGUUCUUGGUCUUUUAUUUUGUCCUUUUUACCCCACAUCAAAAUGAUGAACAACUUGCCAUUAACAAAAAAAAUCUUCAUAAAUAACAAAUAAUUUCCUCUUGCUAGUGCAUGAAAGUAGAUAUUUCACCUGCUAUUGCCUAUAUUACUCCUUUACCUGAGUCAUCAGACAGUUUUAUGUGCUAUUAGUCAAAAAUGGUUGAUUACAAGUGUUAACACACAUGAAAACUGGAUUUGAUAUGGGUGUUCUGUUGUGUAAGAAUUCACUUUAGCAUGGUGCUUUUGUAAUGGCAUAUGCAGUAGGAUGUGGAAAAAGUUCUAGAUGGAUAAAGGGAUAUAGUUGUUAACUCUAUGUUUUCUUCCAAGCAAGGCAGUAUCUAGGGAUUUUGCCAUUCUUACCCAAUGCCAAGUGCAUCUUAAGCUAGCUCUGAGUAGCAGCUUGCUGUUAAAAUUCUCCAUGUUAUUGUGUGUCACAGCACUCCUUCCAAGCUCCUUCUCCAGCCUGUGCUUGCCUCUGUUCCUGUGCUUCCUUUUCACCAUGAUUUUCUCAGCUCAUUUGGUUCCUGAGUGCAGCUGCUGCUCUUAGCAACUCCUGCAUGCAGUAGUCCUGUCAAGUCAGGUCUCUACUUCCACUAUUUUCUUUUGACUGUUUUUUUUCCAAACAGACUUGGUACUCAUGGUUGUUUUGACUCUAAGCCUGGUAGUUGGACCUUGCUACCUGAAUUUGCUACGGAGUGGAUUCAGAUGCUGCACUGUGAACUUUGCUUUUCUCUGAACCGUAAGAAACCUUCAGUCCUAGUAGUCUUUGCUUUUCUUUUUCAUUCAGGUUAGAAUAGAGAUGUUAUGACAUGAUGCAUGCAAAUAUGAAGAGAGAGUAAAAGGAUACCAAUGUUUACAUUGGCUACAUUGUUCAGUAGCCAAUGCCGACCUGACUUAAAGCACUCCAACAUUUUGUACAUUGCAAAUUUAACUCUUCUUCAAGAAAAAUGUUAGAAAGAUGUUGUAUCUAUGCAAGUUGUCAUACUGCAAGUGUUGUAGUCCUAGAGUUAGGAAACUGGAAAAUACUACUUUGCAUUCUGUGAAUUAGAAAAGGCUGGGCUUUGUUGACAUAUUUGAACUCUGUUAACAGGCUGUGUUGAAGGAGUUUAGCAUGAAGGAUCAUUGUUACAUAAGUAGUUUCCCAGCUUGUCUUUUGGCAUCAGCUGAUGUUUCCUGAGUAUUGUAUGUUAAUCUUCUCAGCACCAUCACCAUGUGUAUCUUAAGAAUUACUUGUUUUAUGAAAAAAUUUCUUUUAAUAAAAAUAAUUUACCUUUUUAGAGAUGAGGAAUCCAGUCAGUGUCUUCUUUGAUGCAAGUGCAAGGACUGGCAUCCUCUACUUUUUGAUAUGCAGUAUGUGUUAGAGGAGACAAAAAUGCUGUCAUUAAAUGUCCUUAACCCCUGUGCUUUUCUUUUUGUGAAGCAGUGGUGAAUUCAAAGCAAAAUGAAAGAUAAAAUAACUAAGAUUUUCAUACCCUGCCUGUUAUGUGUUCUGAUUAUGUCUUCCCAGAAGGAUUACAUGAGCUCUCUGAUGCUUGUUGCACAUCACAGAGCUUUGCUUUUGUUUAGUAGCAAACAAAACAAGUUAGUCUCUGAAAAAUUACUUGCCUCCACUGAUGUGUGCACUGCUGGUUUGUGAAACAGUUUAUGUGGCUAAGUGGAAUUACAU